AAUUACGACGAAUUGUAAUUCAAGCAAAUGCGUAUAUCGGAAAACACUCGAAAGUUGUAGUUUGCGGAGGAGAAAAUUGAUCGAUAGGCAAAAAGAAGUGAGAAAAUGGCAGCUUCUUCGUCUUCCUUUUUCGCCGCCGCUUCUCAGAAGGCCGGACCAGCCGUUCGCCGCCAAAUUCUUACUCUCACGGAGGCAGCCGCCGCUAGAAUUCGACAACUUCUUCAACAGCGCCAACGUCCAUUCCUUCGUCUUGGCGUCAAGGCGCGCGGUUGUAAUGGUUUAUCCUAUACUCUCAACUACGCAGAUGAGAAAGGGAAGUUUGAUGAGCUGGUUGAGGAUCAAAAUGUGAAAAUACUGAUCGAUCCAAAGGCUCUAAUGCACGUAAUAGGAACAAAAAUGGACUUUGUCGAUGACAAAUUAAGAUCUGAGUUUAUCUUUAUCAAUCCAAAUUCCAAAGGUCAAUGUGGCUGUGGGGAGUCCUUUAUGACAACAAGUAGUGCAGAAGCCAACAAAAAAUGAGGCAGUUCGAGCAAUGAGCGUUGUUUUUAAGAACUCAAAACUCACAGUUGCUGAUUUGUUGUGUAUUUUGCUGGAAUUACAAGCACAAUGAUCAAGAGAGUUCUCUGACAACAACUUUAAACAUUUGUAAGAAUAUUUCUAUAUUGGCUGAUUAUAUUCUUAGAAAGCCAGUUAAGAGUUGUACUCUGCUAAUUUUUUUUCUUUAAAAAUAUUUUGUAUGUAUAUUACUGUAGAUUAAACUGGCUAAUGAGUUAUAUAUGAGAGCCUAUAAGGUAAUAAAAUUCGCCCACGACUUUCUUUUUGUUAAA